GCCAGUGAACUAAUCCACCUCGGCUGUACUGUGCUGUUAUACUUGGAGGAACUAACUUGCUGGCAAUGUCUGGUGUCCGGCCUUGCCCCACAUUUUCGCAGCUAAUCAUCUGAAAAGCCUGCAGUCUCCAAUGGUUCUACUCAGUAUAGGAUGGGACUUAUAUUGAACGGAGCGUACCUUGCACUUAUUCUCGCUGUUCAGCUCGCUUAUCUGUUUCAUACUGUGCGAGCAGCCGGCAAGUGUGAUGCAGUGUUUAAAGGGUUCUCGGAUUGCUUGCUGAAGCUGGGAGACAACGUCGCGAACUACCAGCAAGAUAUGGACGACAAGCAGAAUGUUGAAACCAUCUGCUCAUACUGGAACGACUUCCACGCAUGCGCCACGACUGCCAUCGCGGAUUGCCAAGAUGGAGCAACCGAUGUUUGGGAAAAACUCAAAAAAGAUUCCAAAAACCUGGAUUUCGAAGGCAGUUUGUUUGACCUGUGCGAAAGGAAUAACUCUGCAAUAAGCCCCCAGUGUUUCACCUUCGCCGUUUUAACAUUGUCCGUCUUACUGACCUGGAUCCUACUCUAGAGACAUCACACACAACAGAAAAAAAACAGCAUUUUUGCAAACACACGCCGCCCACCCGCCCAUAUAGCGUGUGUGGAAAUGUUGCAAAAAAAAUCAUUUCAGAAUGACAGGACCUUGUGAUUCAUCAGUGACCCAGAAGGUAUUUGCCAGGAGUGGAAACUGUCUCAUGUCUCUUUUCUUUUAAAUUGUUCUUAUUUCGUUUCUUUUCCAUUUAAACACACAAGCGGUUUUGUUUUUGUGUCAUUUGCCAAAAUGUUACCGAGGAGCGUCAACCUUCUUUGAAAACAACAAAACAAAAACUGCAACGAGAACUUAACUCAACAAGAGGAUAUCUCCAACCAGAUGCAGACCAGAACCCCAGAGUUCGGUUCAAAACUCAGGAACGGCCUUUGGGCCAAAAGUUAAAGUUGUUGUGGGUCCUUCGGUGGAUCAGAGAGAGAAAGCAGAAAGCUGGCCACUCUAUUGUGUGAAUCUUGGUGAAUGAACACCUUCGCUGUGUUUCUUACUGCCACCAUCUCGUGCGUAUUGAAGUCUUGUGCUUUUUAUCAUUUUAGAACUCUCAGGGGGAGUGACAAAAAAACUACAGUGACCGCCCCCUUUCCAAAAAUAAUACAAACCGCGAAAAAUUUAGAUCGCCGUGUCCUCCCCUCCCCAACCCCUCUCUCUCCGGAGAAUCGCAAAAAUUGUUUCCUAAUCGUAAAAAAGAUAUCCUCAUUCUCACAAGCUUCUUUUCCUUAUUUUUAGAAUUUUAAAUAUAUAUAUAUAUCUACAAAAUAUAUAUGCUCAUUUAUUUUUGGAUGUCGCGUAGCAGAGUAGAUCACUAAAGGUCUUAAAUGUAUCUCAAACGAAACAGUAUGAGAACCAAUCGUUAUUUUAGAAACAAUAAAAAAAAGAAUUUACUCUCAAAAGCAAACCGGCAAAAAAUAUAGCUACAAAUCCAGAAAUAAAAAUAUAUGUAUGAGUUUUUUUUGUGGUUGAUAUGACAAUGUCGCUUGAUGUUUUGAGCGAAAAUCAGAAACAUAAAAGGGUAUAAGAUGUUAAAACUUGGUAGGAUAUGGUUAUAAAGCUCCUGUUGUACGAUUUGUAUUAAAAUAAUGAAUUUUAAAAAUAUCUAAGGCCCAGAUUGUGGUUGUCAUGCUUGCAGCAUUAGGGCAGAUCAUUUCCUAAUUAAUAAUGUAAGAUUCUCUAACAGUAACCUGGCUACAAUCGAUUGGAAUCGCUCUCAGGUCUCUCAUUUGUAGUCUCCCGGUGCUCUCAGUUUAAAGCAAAUAUAACGGAGAGUAGGGGGGAGUGCGGAAUGAGUGGGGAAAGGAAAACGCCAGAGCAUCGAAUAGAGGAGCCAGUCUGAUAUAAAGCGAGAAAGGUCAAUAGAUGAUUUAUUGGACACAUGCUCCCCACAAAUGGAGCCAGUGGUUCGGGCACUUUCAGAUGAAUUUAUUCGGCGCUCUCGUAGGCGUUUUUGAACGGUUCCCAAAUUGGAUGCUGGCGCUGCACUGUAAUGGGAUAUUUCUCCCUAGCAAAGCCGUUGAAAAUUUAAUGUGCCAGCCAGGAAAAAUCUCCACCAUAAA